AUGAUGGGACCCAAGACUAGACCGUUGCCAACGGACUUGGACCAGGCGACCUUGGAUGAGGACUUUUCUGAGACUCAGGCCGGACCAACAGUGCAACAACGUUGGGCUCCUCAAUACCCAACGCUGGCAGGGUCGACACCUACUCGCCAGUUACCUGACAAAGGGGCUAACGGAAUGAAGAAAAUUAGCCCAGUGAAACGAAGAAUUGAACGUACGAGGCCUGUACCUCAGGUGGCUCCUUACGGGGAGUUACAGGAUAAUUCUCAGGAUCCGGGGAAUGUCCCUAUUGAUACGAUUACAUACCCCAAGCAACUUUCUGUUCAUCACGACCGCUACUUGGAAGACCCACAGGCAGUGAAACGUCAUAAAGGAUCGGAACCUACGGAGCCUAGCAUUACUGCAUCGACAGCGGCCGAGAUGAAAUUGUGA